AUGCGGAGAUCAGUCCUUGGCCUCCAGGGCUACGCCGUCUGGGACUUUCUUCCUGAGCCUUGGGCUUAUGUCUCCCCAGAGUUGUUCCAGACUCCUGUGCUGAGCUCUGUCCUCCCUCCAUUCUUCCAAGAGGGGAGACCGCUGGUCCUGAGGUGUCAGACAAAGCUGCACCCCCAGAAGCUAGCCUUGUGGUCCUUUUACUCUUUCUACAAGGAUGGUCAUGCCAUUCAGAACAGGAGUCACAACCCAAUACUCCACAUCUCAGAAAUCAAGGAGGCAGACUCUGGGCUUUACCAGUGUGCGGUGGACACUAAGGACGGCCUAAUCCAGAAACGAAGCCAACGACUGGAGAUCCAAGUACAGGUGCCCGUAUCCCAUCCUGCGGUUACUCUGCGCCACGAAGCCACUAACCCUGCUGCGGGAGACACGGUGGAGUUUCUCUGUGAGGUCCAGAGUGGCUCCCUUCCAAUCUUGUGCUCAUUCUACCUUGAUGGAGAGAUCCUAGGGGACUCCCUGGCUUCCGCUGGCCGAGUCGCCGCCCUCCUCAUCUCAGUGAAGCCAGAGUGGAGUGCUCGGAACUAUUCCUGCGAAGCAAAAAAUAAUGUCUCCAGAGAGAGGAGUGAGCCCCGGAAGUUCCCCUUGGUUGGUUCUCAAGUCUUGUCUGCCAUCAGCAACCGGUCAAUUGCCUGGCUACUUGCAAGCCUGCUGUGUGGGAUAGUCCUUGCCACUGUGUUUCUAAUUCACUUCUUCAGGCCCUGUAAAAAAGAUGGGAAGGGCACUAGCCAAGAGAUGAAAGAAGAUGAAUGCAGACUUUCUGAACCGAAUGUUUCUCCUCCCACAGCCAGACCUAAGGAGCUCACUACAGAAGUACAAGACAAUCACAUCUAUGCAACGGUGAACAAACCAGCGAAAAGACAGCCGCUGAGUGAGAUCACCACGAAUGAUCUGGAUCCAAACAGCAUGAAAAGCCAAUAACCCCUUGGUGUCUGAUGAUGGGAUUCCCUGGUAGCGCAGUGCCUCCCUCCAUCUGCCCAUGUUCACCUCCAGCCCACAGUGCUCCCUUGUUGUUCCCCAGUGCUGCCCAGUUGCUUCCAGCUUUCUGUGGGUCAUCCAGUUCCUGAGUCCACAGGGAGGGGGGCCCCUGUGCCCUACUCCUGGCCAGGCACUCCUGAACUGUGGGUUCUCUUCUGAGUGGGAAACCAGGCAAUCGCAUGGGAAUGAACAAUUCCCACCUUCACACACACACACACACACACAAACAGUUCCAGAAGUACAAUUGGUGGGACCCAGAGCCACAUAUCUCUUCUUUCAAUGCAAAUGGAAAAGGGUGUUUCUUCCAGAUAGACAGAUGAUUGAUAGAUAGAUGAUGGAGAUAAAUAGAUGAUAGAUAGAGGUGAUAAAUGAUAGAUGCAUAGGUGAGUAUAUAGAGAUAGAUAGAUGAUAGACAGCAUAGGUAACAUAACAGGCAAAGGAUAAGAUACUAGAUAAUAAGAUACCAGAUACUAAGCACAGACAGAUACGUGUGUCUGUGAAUAAAUACACGAAGAUAAAUAGAUUUCAUACAAAAAGAGAAUAUGCUUGCAUUUAGCCUGAAAGCCAAGCAUGAAGCUGUGACUACAGGACUAAAAGACCCCUCAGAUGUUCGGCAGCACCAAGGUCAGCCAGCAAAUGUGUUGCCUGGAUAAUUUCAUAGAAUCUUGACAAUAGGGCCAGAGCCCUGAAGACAGCAAGGACUCUGCCUUCACCUGCAGCUCUGAGCAAGUUCAGCUCAGAGACAGAACUCAGCUUACCCAGAGUUCCAGAUUGCAGAGUGCACCAGAAAAGUCUGUCACUGCUUUCUUGUUUAAAAAAAUGGUUGUAAAUCUAUUUUGUUAAAAUAACUAUGUA